CAAAGCCAAAGCUGUUUACGAGAGAGACACGGACCGAGACCGAGAAGCUCCAGAAGAGGACACCGCUCGUUUCUGCUCAAGUUCUGACACAUUAUUCGCAUCAAAACAAGACGCCGGAGGAGGAAGAUCAUGUUUGUUCCCUUGCCGGUGCCGUUCGUGUUUCAGAGAACUGCCCCUGACCUCAACGCCUGGCGUCUCAAGUCUCCUCUGGCUCUCCGCUCCAACUCCGAUAUCAGGAUGUCAAAGCCAGUAGAGGUUGAGAAAGUAGGGGCGGACUCACCAAUGGACGGCACAGAUUCUGAGCGGAAUGGACCUGAAUCAAAUCACCAGUCAAUGAAAGUCAGUCCUUUUCCUCUGUCUCCAAACCUGAGCAGCAGUAAGAAUAAGAUGGAGGAGUGUGGUGAGAUGUCCCCGGCCCUUCCUCACUCUCAUGGUCCGACGCCCUCACAGACGGCCCUGCAACAUACACAGCUCAUGUUGACCGGCUCCCAACUAGCAGGGUUGACAGCUCUGUUGCCUGCACAGCAGCAGCUGUUGCUGCAACAGGCUCAGGCACAGCUCCUGGCUGCAGCUGUGCAGCAGUCCAAUGCAGCCCACGCCGCUCACGCUGCCCAUGCAGCCGCCCAAGCCAAUCAGCAAGCUCAGGCAGCAGCAGCAGCAAAUCAGCAAGCCCAGCAGCAGCAGCAGCAGCAGCAGCAGCAGCAGCAGCAGCAACAUGCAGGACAAACGGGUCAGCAGGCUCAGUCGCAGUGCCAGGGGCAGGGACAGAGCACACAGGAGCAGACAGCCCAAAGUGUCCCUGUCCCACCUCCUCCACCCCAGCUCACUCUGUCUCAGCCAAUCCAGCUCACCGCCCAGGACAUCCAGCAGUUGCUGCAGCUUCAACAGUUGGUGUUGGUUCCAGGUCACACGCUCCCGUCUCCUGCCCAGUUCCUCCUCCCACAGGCACAGCAGGCCCAGCAAGGACUCCUGUCAACACCAAAUCUUAUAACGCUACCUCAGCAAAACCAAGGGAGUCUGAUGUCUGCUCCGUCUAGAAUGGGACUCCAAGCACAGCGAGAUAAGAGUUUGGAGGUGAGCGGCGUUGGAGGUGUGACCACGAUGCCCUCGGUGACCUCUCACCCCGAAGAGCCCAGUGAUCUGGAGGAGCUGGAACAGUUCGCCCGCACUUUCAAACAGAGACGCAUCAAACUGGGCUUCACACAGGGAGAUGUAGGUUUGGCCAUGGGGAAGCUGUACGGCAACGACUUCAGCCAGACAACCAUCUCCCGCUUUGAGGCCCUCAAUCUGAGCUUUAAGAACAUGUGCAAGCUGAAGCCACUGCUGGAGAAGUGGCUCAAUGAUGCAGAAACCAUGUCCAUAGACAGCACCCUGCCCAGCCCCAGCUCGCUGUCCUCUCCCUCCAUGGGCUUUGAGGGGAUUCCUGCCCGACGCAGAAAGAAGAGAACCAGCAUCGAGACAAACGUGCGCGUGGCACUGGAACGCGCGUUCAUGGCGAACCAGAAGCCUACCUCAGAGGAGAUCCUGCUGAUCGCAGAGCAGCUCAACAUGGAGAAGGAGGUGAUCCGGGUCUGGUUCUGCAACCGUCGGCAGAAAGAGAAGCGCAUUAACCCCAGCAGUGCCACCCCUCCCCUGCCCAGUCAGCCCCCUACUGCCCCACCAACGCACAAACCGCCCUGCUACAGCCCUCACAUGAUGUCCAGCCAGCUGUCGCAGGCCGUGACCAGUCUCAGCAGCACAACAGCGACCACCAUGUCCCCCAUCUGCCCCCUGACUUCCAGUCUCUCCUCCACCCACCCCUCCAUCAGCUCAACUCACCCCUCUCUCAGCUCCGCCCCCUCCCCGGUGACUCCUCCUCCUCCCCGCAGCACGGCCAGUCCGGCCACUCCCAGCCACAGCUCACUUAACCUGAACACAGGCUUAUGGCGUAUGGGUAAAAAGAACGGUGAUGUGUCUAACUACCUCACCGAUUUUGCUGCAAACUUGAGGAACACUGUGAUGGGAGUUAACACAGGGAUGAACCAAGCCCUCCUCGGUAACAAUCCCCUGGCCACUAUCCAAGCCCUAGCAGCCAGUGGUGGUCAGCUGCCUCUUUCCAGUCUUGAGGGGGUCAGUAAAGUGAUGCUUGGGGCCUCUGCGGGUCAGGGAGGGGGCCUCCCCUCCUCCCUCUUCCUCAACCACCCCGCUCUCCUCCACAUGACUCAGCAUCCUGGCGCUGGACUGGUCAGCGCCGCCGUAGCCAAAGCCUCCCAGGCCUCGCCCUUCCCCUCAGCCAGCAGCAUCAGUCCCACCCCCUGCUCCCCCUCCCCCUGCUCCAGCCCCGCCUCUUCCUGCUCCUCCAGCGAAAUGGCACACAGCCCGCCCUCCCUGGGCGGGUCCAAGAUUGAGUAACCACACCAAGGGCCAAUCAGGGAGGAGGAGGAAGGAGUAAAAUGGGAACCACGCCUUUCACACCAAAGCUAUCUCUUUCUCUCUCUCUUGCGCUCUUCUUCCGUUCUUUUUUUCGCAAUGGCUGUCUCUCCCUCUCUCUCUCUCUCUCCAAGUCUUUCGAUGCCAAAAAUACACAGAAUGAAAGAGGAGAGAUGGAGAGAGGGAAAGAAGUGGAAAAAAGAGGGAGAAGGGGAGGAAAGGGAAAGAUUGAAACCAAAAAUCUUAAUCUGUCAAAGCAGAUGGAGACGAAGCAACAUGGGAACUCUUGUCAAUAACACACGAUGUCGACGUGGCAUCUCUCCACACUUCCUCUCUGAAGGAAAACAAACCAAUGACUCUUGAACAAAGAGAACGGAAGAGAUGGCAGGGAUUCAUGUUGAAGUGCAGAAACCAAAAAUGACGAUUAAAAGAACUCUACUAUGUGACAAAGGAAUGGCGGCAAGGACAAAAAGAAAAUGGAGAGGAGGACUGUACUCACGUUUUUCCUUUCUUUUUUUCUUAUCUUUUUUUUUUUUUUUGAAAAGCUGCGGGUCUGAAGGAAGGAGGAGUAGGGAGGAUAAAUUUAAACCAAAAAUUAACCUGAGGAGGAGGCGGAGGAGGAAAACACAAUGACGAAAAAAAGUCAACCAUACCAAAAUCCCAAAUACCAAAAAUACGGAGAGAAAAGCUUUAUUCAAAGGACAUGUAAAUACUGAAGCUAUCCAGGACCAGGACUUUACUGCUACUGCUAUGUACACACACACACACACACACACACACAUGCAGAGCCACGUCAUCCCACAUCCAUCCAUCACCUCUGUCUGUCACCUCGUAGGGUUUCAUGCUAGACUUCUGUUUUGGUUCAUUUUGUAAAAUCAUUGCCAAUAGAGCUGUACCUUCAUGCGUUUAGUCUCUUUACCUUCCUCCGGUUGUAUAAGAGCAUAACAAAGAUUUUCUCUCCUUUUUUUAUCUAUUUUUUACACUUUGAGAAGUAAAGUUUGGAUUUUUCUAUUGUUAUUAUUUAUUAGCGCCAUUUUUUUAUAUAUAGUCCAGCUCCUAUUUAUUGUUUGAAGUGUUGAUUUUUGGAAUCGUCGUCAUCAUCAUCAUCACUGUCAUCAUCAUCACUGUCUUCAUCCUACAUGCAUCUCUGUUGUAACUGUGACUUUUCUGCAGGAACAAAGACGACGAGGGUGAACGCGCGCUCAUCUCAGUCCUCACCAAGUGCCAGUAGAUCAAAAAUAGAGUCGGCACACUGCAAGUUGAUUUCAGAGUGUGAAUGAAUGUAUCAUGAUGGAGACAUGUGGCGUCACAUGUGUGCGUGAAGUCAGACUCGCAUAAGUUUUAAAUACAAACAAAUGUCUGUUCGGUUCAAACCGUCGUCAGAUGAGUUCACACAGUGCUGAUCAAGAUUACCGGCCCACAGCGACAUUCCUGCGCUGCACACAGGAAGUGAUUUGUUUUACAGUAGCGCUGGAAGAGGUCGCCGUAUGACUGAACACAAACACUCGCCUCAGUCGGGUCUGAUAGUUUUGCUUGAUGACGGACGCUGCAGACAAAUAACAGAAUAAUAACACCAAACAAAAAUCAGCCAACGUUAUGCAAUGUAUCUUUACAGAUAACCUAUUACCAGUGGUGAUCGUUUUAAAAGUAUGAAAUAAGGCCUUGAUUGAUGAUUUGAAGUAACAGCCGCUAAGACUGAAGGCUAAACAAGUCAAUAAAGCCAACUUUAGUCACA